AAUUCAAAAGUAAGCACAAUAAGUACUCAAAUCAAGGAAAUAACAGGUCCCUCCACGACAACUUCGGAAAACGAUAAAAAACCUCGACGACAUCAUUGCCCUGGCACUUGACGAUCAGCUGCGAAAAAGGAGUAAGAUAAUGUUCGAAUACGAUACAACUCUGCUUGACAAUGUAAAUGAAAGAAGAAAAUUAAAGCACUCUUUGAUAGCGACAUCCAGCCUCAGCCGAUUAGCUCUACAACGUCAUGAAAAGGAUAUCAAAGCACUCAAAGUGAUUCACAGUCGUCUCAAUAGCUCCAAGAGCAAGAAGCCAAAUACGGAGCGGCAGAAGUCGCGGCACGUCGGCAAGGCGUUUGCAGUCAUUAUCAGCGGCGUAUUCGCCCUGAUAAAUUUUGUGUUCGCCUUCUACAACUUGUCGAGGGUAGCAAUUGGAGUAGCUUGCACGAAAGCUGAAAGGAAUGACGAUGAAGAUCAACCUUGCGGAGAAAGCACUAAAAGAACGGCGAUUACCAUCGAACCUUAUGCGUAA